AUGUCGAACAGUAGCGCUCAGACGCCCACGCAGGAUCUACCUUUGCCAGCGAGCGCUGCCUAUACAAGCUCCAGCUCGAGGGAAACAGAUGGGAGCGCCAGCGCAGAAAGCUCGGGAAGCAACACUGCUCCCUCCAAUCGAGGAGCCACUUCUGCCGCCUCUCGCUUAUGGUCCUCAUGGAUCUCGCCCUCCUCUUCUGCCUCUUCAGCUGCAAGCUCCGCUUUCGAGCAUCGCAAGACUGGCGGCAAGCGAGCCUCCUCUGCGUUAUCGGGUCAAGUGGCAGCAGCACGAAUACCGACGUACGAAGAAUUCAGAUCUCAAGAACCUCCUCAAGCCAGAUUGUUGAGAUUGAGAGGACUUUUUGAUAUACUGCUGGAUAAUGAUGAUGAGGAUGCGUUGGCUGGAGGAAGAGCAAAGGAAGAGUGGCAUAGGACUGCCAUGAGGGCAAGGUACGGCGCUGGUGGAGCGUGGGCCAGAGGCAGUCUCGCCAGCGAGAAUCCUCUCGGUGCUGGCAGCAGCGGCGGAGGAGGAGGAGGCACCACGAGCAGCAACAGCCCAGCUGGUCGAUCUCCCAACAGGAAUCGUCCGAGCUUCGGAGACACGCAAGAGGAAAAGACUGCCGCUUGGGGUCCUCCUGCCUCGCCAUCUGCGAGCAGCAGCAGCAGCAGCAGCAGUAGCAGCGGCAGCAGCGGCAGUGCACGAACCGCCUCUUCUUCCGACUCUGCUCCAAACGUCACACCUCCUUCUCAGAGCUACGCCAAGGAGCUCUUGAGUCAGUGUAGAGCUUGCAGAGCCGAAUUGGAAAAGGAGAGGCAGAAGCGGGUCAGUCAUGGCGGCGAUGGUUCUGAUGAAGGAGGCUGGUUGGAUAGCGCUACCAGCUGGAUCCCCUUUGUAGGCUCCGAAUCUAGCCAAGAUUCGUCCGCUUCAUCGGCUUCAUCCAGCCCCUCGUCGAGCACAGCGGGCUCGCAAUCGUACACUGACAAUCUCAUGGGAUCUAUAGGAUCGCUGCUCGGCAUGGACUCCAGCGACGCUUCCUCGCGCAACACUUCCCCUUCCUCAUCUUCCGAAUCGGACAUGCGCGCAGACCACGAGGGAGAAGCGGGAUGGGUGGGAUCGGGUGUGUGGGGUCUAUCGGCUGUCGGAUCAAAGCAGAGGGAAAAGGAUCGCUCCUUGGAUCAAGAGAUUCGACAGAGGGGACAGAGCGGACAGGAUCACGAACAUGGAGCUCGCAGAAAGAGGCAAAUCGAGUGGGAGGGCUUCUUGAGGUAUGCGGAGUCAAAAGAGAGAGGUGAGCGAGCGCGCAAGUCUUCUUCUUGCUUUUUGCGAUGACGCACACGAGCUGAUGUCUGGUGCCGCGCCUCACAGAGCUGUAUCGCAUCUUCAUCGAGCUGGACAAGAAUGGAGACAUGCAGCUAGACGCGUCAGAGAUUGGGACUGCACUAGAUAGAGCAGGUAUAGAUUUGGCUCCAGAAGCUCUGGAAGACUUUAUAGCGAGCUUGGCCAGCUCGAGCGCUAGAUUGCCCACCGCGUCAUCGUCACCCGCAAACGGCGCUCGAGGGGAUGGCAGCAGCAACGAGGCGGCGGCGGCGAGCGCGGUGCAGCCGCAGACGAAAAUCAGCUUUCCUCAAUUUAGGGAUUAUCUGCUGCUGCUUCCGAGGAAACCUAGUGUGGGAGAGGUGAGCCGGCGAGCAGGUUUCUGUUGGUGCGCGCGCACACGGGCUGAUGCGUCGCGCACAAUCGCAUGCAGAUCUACCGCUUCUACCAAGUUAGAAAAGCCUGGGGUCUCUUUGGAGCUCAGGGCAUCUUUGCCUCGUUUUCGGAACAAUGGGGCAAGACGGAGAGGCACGGAGCGACGUCUGUGAAUCUGGACGGAGAUGUCAGCAUGGCUGGAGAAGAGCGCAAAAAGGGCACCAAUUUUGGCAAGGUGUCUUUGAGCGAGGAGGAAAAGGAGCGGAGGAGACUGGCUGGCGAAGGUGCGAGCAAGGAGGAGACAAGGAGCGGCGAUAGCGGCGCAACAGCGCAAGGCUCCGAUGCGAGCAGCAGCGAGAGCUCGAUGCAGGAUGCCACGACAGACUCGACAGCUCAGCCUCUGCAUGGCGACGAGGAAGAGGAAGAAGAGGAAGAGGAUUCGGACAUGAUCCAUGGAGAUGUCGCCGUCAAGUUUCUCUUGGCUGGCGGAAUAGCUGGAGCAGUGUCGCGAACAGCUACAGCGCCGUUCGAUAGGCUCAAAAUCUACCUCAUUACGACUUCGCGCCAACAAGCGCAAGGGCAGCCUCUUGCGGAUGCCGUGAAGAACGCGCAGACUGCGGAGGCAGUUGCGAAAAAGACGGCGCAGACCGCGACGAGGAGUUUUGGAUUGAUGUACGAGGCGAUUCGGGCGUUGUACGUGCAGGGUGGAGGACUCAAGUCGUUUUGGGUAGGCAACGGUCUGAACUGCAUCAAAAUCUUUCCAGUGAGUGGCGGCUUUGAGAGUGACGUUGGAGUCCUUGGCUGAUAUGCCCCCCCCCCGCCCCACACGCCGUCACAGGAAUCCGCGAUCAAAUUCUUGAGCUACGAGACGUCGAAGCGCGCCUUUGCAAAGUAUGUCGAUGAGGUGGCAGACUCGAGGGAUAUCAGUGGAAGCAGCCGCUUCAUCAGUGGUGGUAUCGGUGGCAUCACAAGUCAACUCGGUGAGUCUGCAGUGUUGCGUGCCGAAUUUUGCGUCUGCCGACAUUCUCCGCACACCACCUCGCAGCCAUCUACCCCGUCGAGACGCUCAAGACGCGCUUGAUGUCUUCGCAGUCUGGCCAAGGGGCGUCGUCGGCGGUGCAGCUGCGCGGCAAUGCGCUGUUGGUAGCGACGGCCAAGGACAUGUGGAAGAAUGGCGGUCUGCGGACCUACUACCGAGGUCUCGGAGCUGGUCUGGUGGGCGUCUUUCCUUACUCUGCCAUUGACAUGUCGACGUUUGAAGGCAUCAAGCUGUUUUGGAUCAAGUAUACCGGCAAGGAAGAACCUAGCGUGCUUGCCCUGCUCGCAUUUGGCAGCAUCAGCGGUAGUGUGGGCGCUACGACAGUGUAUCCCCUCAAGUGAGUGGCGCGAGUCUGCUUGUCGUGUGCUACGAGACGUUGACCUCGCCGUGUCGGCCCUGUUUUUCACAGUCUGGUAAGAACACGCCUGCAAGCAGCUGGUACGCCGGCUCAUCCCCAGACGUGAGUCGGUUGCGUGUGCGCGCGAGCGUGGUGCAAAUCGCUCACUGCCUACUUCAUCACACGCAGGUAUGACGGCUUCUUGGACGUGGCGCGAAAGACGUACCAGAAUGAAGGCUUUCAAGGCUUCUACCGAGGUUUGGUGCCCACGUUGGCCAAGGGUGAGUGGGAGCGACAUGGCCAUACAUGUGGUCGUGCAGCACUCACACACCCGCCUAUUUUCCCCUUUUCGCAGUGGUACCGGCCGUAUCCAUCUCCUAUGUCGUGUACGAGCACAGCAAGAAGCAUUUGGGUGUGCAGUAGAAGCUUUUGGUCCUGCAAUGUGCUCCAAGUUUGCUGUCCCUGCACUCAUAAUUUCAUUAGAAUUCACGAUGCGAGACGUUUCGAAAGCAGCGAGGCGGGGGGGAUGCGCAUGCAUGAGGCCAGAUCGAGUGCUCGCGCACACACGGAUCACGUGACUUUAGGAGAUCGCGCUGUCAUGCGGGCGCGCGGCUUGAGACUGCACGGCCCGCAUGCCAUGCAUGGCGGUGCUCAUCGAGUUGUCAGUCAUAGCGGCCAUUGCAGGUGCUCGCCCUUUUUACCACCAUCUCAGCGGUUUGUCACAAGUCUCAUCUCCACGGCCAGUCGAUCCACUUGCAUUUUCAUUGAGCACACGCCACCCAAACGAGCUCUUAGCCCGGUGAUCUUUCGUCCUGCACGCGAGCUAAGCGCACGACGGCUGGCAACUCAUUUCAGGUCCAACCAGCCCAUCUCCUCAGCGCUACUCUGAUCGCGAUGCAGAAACACACGCUCUUGCCUCCUUCAUCUCUAGCGCAAGCAGAUGCCUCGUGGCUCACAUCCACAUCCACAUCCACCUCCACGUCCACAUCCACAUCCGACUCUUGCUCUCUAUCUCCAACCUUGUCUCAUCUGCUUCUCCUGCCCACCACCUCGCCCAUCCUGCAGCGCCUAUCGCGCGAGACGCUCAACGCGCUGCUGGAGCUGGAAAGGUCGGAAAGACCAGAUACGUACGAGGGAUUGCUAGAUGUUGCUAGGUACUGCGUGGACGAGGAACCUGGAUGGAGCGCGCAAGAUAGGUGGGAAUUGAUUAGACAAGGUACGAAUGUCGCAAAAGAGGAUGCCGGGUUGACAGGACAAAUGUCAAAGGAGGAAAAGCAACUGGAGAGAUUGGAAGAGGAGAUGUGGGACGCAGCUGGUAGGAGAACAAAGGAGCUGGUCAAAUUGGCACGAGAGGGUGUGACUGUCGAUGCUAUUCCAUCGCGCAGCACCAACAGCGACAAGACGAGCACGAGGAAUGCGUCAAACACCUUUGACGAUGAUCCACUCAUUUCUCUUGCCGACUUUACAAAGCUCAUCUCGCAAUCCGACAUUCUCUCUCACUUUUUCGCUCAAGACUUGCCCGGCUCGAUGAGGCUGGAGGCUGCAGUGAGGGUGCAAGAGACGCCUCGAGAAGCGUUGGCUACUUUGGCAGCUGUGGCGGUGACGGGCGGAGGAGGAGGAUCCUCUACUGCCAAGCGCGUUCGAGGCUUGUUGGGCGGUCUAUUGGGAGAGGUUGGGGAUAGGGUUGGAAAAGCGACGGGUAGAGAGACGAGGAUAGGCCCAAAAUGCAGCUUUGUGGGAUUGCAAAACGACGCUUCAAAGACGGAAUUGGACAGGUUGGAGAGGGGAUUUGCUGAUGCUCAGAAUGGUCGUGGUGCAGGUAAUGUGAGGAUUGCAAAAGGCGCGAAAAGUAGCGCAGCAGCAGCAGCAGCUGCUGCUGCUACUGCUACUGCACAAUCUCGACGACCUGGAAUGCCUAUUGGCGCUACGCCUGCGCUCGCUUCGGAGGCGGAAGAGCGCGUCAAGGCUGCAGCAGCUGCGCUGGUCUCACGCGAAGAAGGAGCAUUCGUCAUCGACGAGGCGAGGGAUGGGGAGGGGGAAGAGGAUGAAGAGGCGGCUACAGUGGACGAGCUGGAAGACGAGCUGCAAUUGGUCCCCGCAACGACGAAAUCCGGCGUCGAGGAGUCGAAGAAGAAGGAAGAGGAUAAGGCUACGAUGGCGCAGAAACGCAUGGCGGAUGGUGAGUCUUGAUUGGAGAGGGUGCGAUGGUGGCCCAGAGGUCAUUUGCGCAAUGCUAAAGCUGGACGGACGCUGCUUCCACAGACUUGCGAAAUGCUCCUGCGCAAUAG